UGUAAUGGUAGAAUCGAACGAAGAACGAGUGCAUUUGGAAUACUGGUGAGGAGACCAGGAUUCUUCUGUUUCCUAAUAUAUUCAUCGAAAAUGAGGUUUAUGGUGAUCAGCUUCUUACUUCACUUGACCCUGAUUGAAGUUUCUUCGGCGACCGAGGUGUCGUGCGGGGAUCACUUAACGGUGCCAAGAGGGGUUAUCCAAACCCCGAAUUUCCCACGAUCUUUCCCGGUGCCUAUCAAGUGUCGCUGGGUGAUCGAUGUCUCCGAUUUUCCAGCAAUUAACAGCUCCAUUGUUGUCUACUUGACGCAAGUUUACGUGUAUAAGGGUCUCAGUUUUACUGAAUAUGCGUACUAUGAAUCGGAGAGUAUGAAUUUUGGCGCCAUGCUAGUAAAAGAAAUCACCGAAGGGAAUUUGUUUAAAUAUAAAUUGUUUAAAACGUUCAGACCAUUUUUAGUGAUAGAGUUCGAGCUCGAUCGGCUAGAGGGCAAUCACGUACGUGUUCUGAACAAUUUGUUGGAUGUGUACGGGUUCAAUAUCACGUAUCAGGUGACCGAGGACGUGUCGAAUUCCGAUUCCUGUUCCGUCCAGGAUUGCUCUUACACUGGCAACUGUCUUGUGUCUGCAGACUAUACGAGCUUCUGGUGCGAUUGCUUCAAGAAUUUCAGUGGGAAGAAUUGUAACGAAGGACCCCUUUGCUACGAUGACAGGAAGAAUCCUAUUUGUCAAAACGAUGGCACUUGCAAGCAAAUUGGAGCUAAAGCAAUGUCCUGUGAAUGCACCGAUGACUAUGUCGGUCGGAACUGUGAGGUUCAUCUUCUGGAUAGCGUGGAUGGUGAAUGCGGAAUCGAGAAUUGCAUAAUACAGUGCCCUUACGAGGAGGACCAACAACCAUGCGCAUGCAAGAACGGCACAAAAAUCUAUAAUAAUCGAUCAAGGUACGAAUGCAGAAUCAAACUAUCGAAUGUGACAUCUCUAAGGACUGGACUGAUCACGCAACAUGGUAGUUUGGAGACCUACAUCGGUAAACAGCUUGCAAAAUAUUUAAGGAAUUCUAAUAUCUCGUCCAUGGAGGAUUUACAAAUCCUGAGCGUGACGCCUACAUCGGAAAUCACUUUUCACUUUUUUGGAAACUCUGAAGAUGGAGACAAAAUUCGGGAAUCUCUUAACAAAUUGGUUCAACGUCGACGGCUUAGUGAAAUUUCUCUCGAAUCAACUCAUUUUACGUUUCAACAGAAACCUGCACUGAAACUGCAGAGUCUCAAGAUAAAUCAGGGAAAUGAACACGAAAUUCAUCUAGGAGGAGAAUUCAUUUUGACUUGCAUUGCGCAAGGUAGUUAUAGUAUAAACUUCACAUGGUAUAAGGACAAUAUGUUGGUGAAUAUGAAUAAAGCCACCAGAAAAAUUUGGUAUAGGCACCUUCCCAAUGACGGCUCUGAUUUGCAUACAUCAUUAUUAACCAUCGAAAAAGCGACUUUGCUUGAUACGGGUCAAUACACUUGCCAAAUAGUCGAUUGGGGCGUACAGCAGUGUAAGAGUAUUUAUAUAGACGUAAAAGCUGAACCGGAUGUAAAUAUAAUGCCAAUGAGCGCCACUAUAGACAAGGGUACGAAUAUACAGUUGACAUGCAUGACACCCAAUGUGCCCAAUAUUGGAAUAGGAUUCGGCUGGACAAAGAACAAAGCUCUGUUGAAGUUAGAACCUGGUAGCGAGGUUUGGGAAGAUUUAUAUCCAGCUGGAAGUAUAUUAAAAAUUACAAAUGCACAGAAAUCUGCAAUAUAUACCUGUAAUGUAGCAGACAAAUCUCUGUCCGUUCGCGUAGAAGUCGUGAAUCGAACAUUGAUACCGAUAUGCUUGCGGGGGAAGUCCUGGGGCUUAAUUUGGCCAGAUACUGCUCCUGGGUCUGAUGCGUUAUUAGAAUGUCCUCAGUAUUUUGUAGGCAAGAAAGUGUCCAGAUUAUGCUCGAUGAAGGAUGCUACCAUCUCUGAAUGGCAGACACCAGAUUUCUCCUCCUGUUUGUUUGAGCCAUUAGUUUUGCAUUAUAAUAAGUUUAAAAGUUUGACAUUAGGAUAUCAAAAUACGACUGGUUCUGAAACAAUCUUUGUCUUCUGGGAAAUUCUGCGAUCACGAAGCUUGCCUCUCUAUCCUGGCGAAGGAGAUCGUAUUCUGAAUAUCCUAGCAGAAAUAGAACGUUAUCAGCAUCAAGUUGACCCAUCUAAUUUACAUACAUCUACAGAGGCUUUGAUACGCAUAAUUAAUCGAAUACUGAACGAUGAAAAUUCGAUUUUAAGUCAACAGAAGGUUUUAUUGCUUCUUCAACUCACACAACGGAAUUUAAUACAUUGGUCCAAAAUGGCUACUCAUCCUUACAAGCACUUAGCCCUUUCUUCCAUGGUGGUAGACAUUCAAGAACUGCAGCAACAUGAUGGUGAUAGUAUUACUCAUUCUCUUCAAAUUCCUACAGAUGAUAUCAUAUAUCCAAACUGGUAUGAAGAUAAGACAACAAUACGAUUGUGGAAAAAACGACAACGUGGUAUAAAGUCUAAUAAUACUCUACAUGGAAUAGUAGUCGCUUACAAGAAUAUGUCCCAUUUUCUUCCAGCCACAUAUGUCAAGGAGCUUGAUGAUGGUACAGAUCUGGAGUUUCACAUCAAUUCCCGAAUCAUCACGGUGGUAAUUCCAUCGUUUAGUCUAGACAAACAUAACAAAAUCUGGAUAGAUUUGCAACUGAAACACAUGCAAAAUCAAUCGAAUUCGUGGAACUUGUCUUGCGGUCUCAUGGAAGUCACAGGUUCUUGGGAUCUGAAUACUUGUGUUGCUAACACUUCACCAGGCGACACCACAACCCAUUGUCUUUGUCCCAGCAGCGGAACUUUUGCGAUUUUCUUAACAGCGCGUGCUGUGAGAGUAGUACUUGCAAGAAAGGAACAAACUACAUUUAUUGUGAUAUUUGGUUGUGGCAGUUGUUUAGCGCAAUGUCUUCUAUCCUCUUUGAUUCUCGGAAUUUUUUGGUGGAAAAAUCGCAGUUGGUUGAAUUUUCUAAAACUUCAGUGUUGUGGUGCUUUAGUCGGGGCAAUGGCUGUUUUUAUUUACGCCGUACAUAAUAAUUUACCAGAGAAUUCCUAUGCGAUCAUAGCUAUAACUUUGGAAGCUUUCCUCCUUAUUGGAAUGUCAGCGCCGAUAUCAGAAGCUUUGAUCAUUUAUGCCGAUCUCACUCAAAUUCGAUCUAGUCAACACUUCCAGCCUACUGUUAUUGCUGUCAUUACUGGUGUACCUAUUUUGGCCGUAUUGAGUACCGAACUCACACAUAAGAGCACCGGUUGGAGACACGAAUCAUGGUGGUUAAUUUUUGGCAGCGGAGUUUACAAUAUCUUUGUUACUUGUGCAACUAUGAUGUUUCUUAUAUUUAUAUUAUUAUAUUUGGGAAUUUUACAUAAAACUCAGGUUCUUGUCGAGGAGAACGUUAUAAAGAAAGAAGCGAUAGAAACUAGACUACGAAUGCUUCAUCGAGCCGCCAUAGUCAUUUGCGGUGUUAUUACAAUGGAAGCUUCAUCCAUUUUUUAUAUAAAUUCUACUUCCAUAAUCUUUCAUUACAUAUUUGCAACCAUUUCUUUUGCCUUGGGUUUCGUUAUAAUAAUGGUUUAUAUUGUGAAUGGUGAAUUAACCACUAUGGACUUAAUUUUAAGAAAAUUACGAUGGAAACAAAACACAGAAGAAGAAAUAACAUCCGAGCCAAUUAAAGUGUGUUCAAAGAGCGGGGCCGAGGUAGAGAAUGAUACUGCUCCGCCGUCGUCGUCUUUGCGUAUUGGAGAACCGUACUUAGAAGCCCGUGGGAUUGCAGCGGGUAGUAUAGACAUGCGGGAAUUCAUGAAUGAGUCUUCGUCCUCAUAUUCAAAGUCUUCCGUCCCUGUCACUAGCAGAUUCCUUCCAGAGAUCCGUAUCGAUCAUUCGGACAACAUAAACCUGGAAAAUUACAGCACUAGUCCACGAAAAUACCAAGACGGCAUCACGUUCGACAGCGUGUUUUCUUCGCGACCGUCACAUUGUGUGAACGAACCCUAUGAUGUCAACGAGUGCUGUAGUUUCCGGGAAUUUGGUAAAUAUAGGGAGUCUCAAGGACAAAUCUUUAUUACGCACAAUCCAUCGCCCGAAAGCUCCGCAAAAGUUCUUUGUAACGCUGAUGUUGAAUCACGCUUAAGUGGAAUGCCAGAUGUAACUUUGGCAGUGAAAAAUGAUGUCGAACUGUUGUCCACAACAGAACUAAAGAGUAGGGAACAUGUAAAUGUCAUUCCUGACAUUGCUAACACUACGGAACGUAAACAACCCGAUGGAGAAGAAAAAGCACCUGAAAUCGUGAUUACAAAUUGCGAAGCUACAGCGAGUGGUAUGCUAGAUCGUAUUGCACAUGACCUUGAUUAUUUGCUAAAUCGUACCCAUUCUUCGGAUGGAACAUAAGUCUGAUUAUAAUUUGAACGAAAUUGAUUCACCACCCAAGGUGAUUGGAAAACAUACAUCUCUAUUAUAGUGUUUAAUACAUAGCUGUAUCAUUCAUAAUGUUUAAUAAUAACUAAUAAUGAGGUUUAUAGGUGCGGUAAAGAAAAAUUAUUUUA